CAGAAAAAUCGCACCUCCUUCUUCCUCAAUUACACUUUCAUUGCUUUACAAGUCUUUUUAUUUUAUUUCUUUAAUCUCUUCUUUAUAUAUAUCUAAACAUAAAAGCCUUUCUCUCAACAUUCCCAUUUCUUGUUCAAUAUAUAUUACUCACUUGGUAGACUCGAUUUCUUGUUCACCCAAUUCCCUUACUCAAAUCCAAAAUGGGAAGCACGUCCCGCACUCUAGAAAUCACAGUCUUAUCGUGUGAAGACUUGCGUAUUGGUCGAAAAUGGGUGAAGAAGAACACGUACGUCAUGGUUAGAACUGACCCUCUAAACUAUCGCGCCACAAAGAUGGACACAGAAGGAGGUGCCUACCCUUCUUGGAACCAAAGGCUUUCAAUCGAAAUGCCCUUGCAUGAACGUUUUAUAACGUUAGAAGUUCACUGCAAAACGGCUUCUGGUGAUAAAACAAUAGGAACAGCGAGAAUGCCGGCUACAGAUUUCAUGGGAGGAUAUUUACCAGAGAAUUAUUUGAACUUCUUGAGUUAUAGGUUAAGGGAUGCGAAAGGUGAGAGAAACGGGAUUGUUAACGUUUCAGUGAAGGCAAAUUUGCCGGAAUAUUUGUCUUCCAAUGAUAAUGACAAGAAGGUGUCGGAAAUUAACGCUUGUUCUAUGACAUCAAAGCCGGCGCCGGCGAUCCCCAUUGAAGAUGGCAAGAAUUUUGGCUUUGUGACUGGUAUUCCUAUUUGGAGCAAAAAUCAUGUCUAAAUCGAUUUCGUAUAAAAUUUUUAGAGAUCGGUGUUCAUGCAUGGAAAGGUUUUCUUGCUUCCUUGUGUUGUUUGGCAGCACGAAUAUUAAUUUCUUUUUUUUUUUUUUUGAAACAAUAUAAUUUCCCAUGUAAAUAAAUGAAGAUCCAUGGAAAUGAAAAUUCACCGAUCGCCAAAAUUGAAUUGUCUCUGACGGAUUUCAGAGUUGAAAAGCAGAGUCCAAUUCAAAUA